UAUUUGUUCAAGUUCAGCUGACACCGGACGUUGUUAAAGUGCGUUGGGUUUCAGCAGCGUAAUCAGAAAUUGUUGUUUUUUAUGAACUGGGGUUUGUUAACAUUUGGAUAUCAGUUUAACUAAACUGCAACAGGUUAUAAAAUACGAUGUUACGUGCUCUCUGUCUAAGAGGUCUUCGUGCUGGAUACAGGGCCAUCGAUAACAGUUUCACAAUCGGUCCCGCGUGUACCCAUUUGAUUUCCUCAAAUGAUAGUUUAUCAGUGCAGAUUUCGCUACACACAUGUCCAGGAUCCGUAUUCGACCAGCAGUGUAGACAUUUUGUUGGAGCUGUGCCUGUAAAAGCAGCUCGGAGACAAAAUGUGGCUCAUGGGCAAGAUGUAUCACAAACAACUGCAAACUCCAGCCUAAGUGACGCAAAAGAAGACGCAGAAGAAGAUGACAAGACGUCCGACAACUAUGCAGGUGCCUUUGCCUCCAGGAUAGUCUUCCGCAAAACGUCCCCGGAACAACUGGAUCUGAAAUAUCGAGAUAGUGAGGCCGAACAGCAGAAUCCGGUGAAAUUUAAAUCCAAAACGGGCAGGAGAAACACGCCAUACUGGUACUUUCUUCAAUGCAAGAAGCUCAUUAAACAGAAUAAACUUGCUGAGGCGCUGCAGCUCUUUGAGGGUGACAUGUUGAGAGGAGAGCGACUUCAGCCAGAGGAGUACAACUACACCGUGCUGAUUGGCGGCUGUGGCCGCAUAGGUUACCUCAAAAAAGCUUUCAAGCUUUACAACAAUAUGAAGAAACGAGGCCUUGAGCCAUCAGAUGCCACUUACACUGCCCUGUUUAAUGCCUGUGCCGAGUCACCAUGGAAACAGACAGGGCUAGAGCAAGCCAUGAAACUACGACAGGAGCUCCGCAUGAAGAACAUUCAGCUUAAUGCUGUUACCCAGCAUGCCUUGUUAAAAACCGUUGCCCUUGCUAGCAACCUCAGAGCCUGCUUCCAAGUUCUGCGGGAAAUGUUGCAGAGUGGGCACCCAGUCAGUCAGGAGACAUUCCAGUAUCUGCUCAUGGCUUGUGUGAAGGAUAAGGAACAGGGUUUCAGGCUGGCCCUGCAGGUUUGGCACCAGAUGUUGAGCAUGGGAAUAAAACCAGACACCCCAAAUUACAACAUCCUUCUCCGCGCUGCACGUGAGUGUGGGAUAGGUGACCCUGCUGUUGCCUCUGCCUUGCUCCUGAGGAAACCAGAGUCGACUCCAAAACUCAGCGCGGGUAGGAAAGGCCGAAAGUCAAAGGCAACGGGGGAAAGAUCGUGCCCAAAACCCAUCGACUUAGACGCAUUUGAGAAUCAGCUGUUUGUGAAUGCUUCUGCCAGUGACUUGUACUUAGAUUCAGAUUCACAGAAGUCUGGGCAAACAGGAGACCAUAUGCUUCACAUAGCUAAAAUGGAAGAACAAACCAAGCCCCCAGUGGAAACACGUACAGAAGAUCAGCUGAGAAUAGACCCUUCACAAUCAGGAGAGAACUUACAGCUGAUUCCUCUACACACAAAGGAAGAACCAAGAGUUCCCAUUGGUUCUCUGUCCUGUUCAUUAACAACACUGAACUCCCGUCUCCCAAACCUCUUAGAUCCACUCAGUUGUAACACAGAUGUGAUUGCCUUGGGAACAGUGAGCAGUCCCUCUGAUAGGCUGGCUCUGAUUGGAAACCUGGAUGGCUUCCUGAGUAAGAUGUCUGAUGACAAGUUGGAGCCAGAUAUCAAAACUUUCACUCUGUUAGCUGAUGUCGUGGAGCCAGGCAGCCAAUCAGUACAGAGACUUAUAUCUGUUGCCAGGCAAAAGAAAUUGAAACUGGAUGUGACGUUUUUCAACACUGUGAUCAGAAAGGCAGCUAAAGCUGGUGAUCUGGUGGUAGCAAAGGUAGUUAGGGCUCAGAUGGAAGAAACGGGGUUGGUUGCAGACAUGCAAACCUUCAGUAGUCUAGCUUUGGCCUGUCUCAAGCAGAGAGAUGGCCUACAGCUGCUUGCUGACAUGGAGGCGAGUGGCAUUGUGCCUAAUGCCUAUGUGUACAGCGCCCUGAUUGGUCAGGCCUCCAGACGGCUUGAUUACGCAUACCUUCACACCCUGCUGCGUCAUAUGGAGCAAAUGAAAGUUCCUCCCAAUGACGUCAUCAUCAGACAGCUAGAGUUCGCAUCUCAGUACCCCCCUACGUACGACAAGUUUAAGUCUAAGAACACUUACCUGGAGAAGAUUGAUGGUUUCCGUGGUUACUACAAACAGUGGCUGGAGAGGAUGCCAGGCCAGGAGACCCCUCAUCCCUGGGCCAAAUAUCGUCUUCCAAAUCCAGAGCCCCAGCAAGACCAGUGACUCAGGCUGCAACACCGUAGUCCCACAAAAAUUAAAAUAAUAGACCUCCCAAAUUAGACGUUUGACAACUAUCCAAUGAAGGAAUUCACAAUACCGAAGACAAUCAGUGGAAUUGUCACACAAACUCAACAAAAGCCUGUGAAACCAAGAAAACAUGCAAAUCCAUUAAUCAGUUGGUGAAGGCGAAGCUGCUUCAGGGGUGAAGUCAAGCCAGUAAUCCCACAGGGUAACUAAACUGCUGCAAGAAAGGUCUGAAAAUUCCUGAACAAGUUAUUUAACCUGUACCCAUAAAAAAAGCUCAGAUGAUAAGGUUCAUUUGGAAGGUUUUGCUUGU